AUGCGUUCGAAAGGUUCAAAGGCUGUCGAGCGAGAGCUAAAGGAUAUUUUGAAUCGUCCAGAAAAUGGUAAUAAGUGUGGUGAGUGUGGUAGUGCGUUCCCAACGUGGUGUUCGGUAAACCUGGGUGUGUUCCUUUGCGGACGUUGUGCGUCCGUUCACAGGAAAAUCUUGGGAGACAGAGAAGAUGGCACAUAUUCAGACGUCAAGUCACUCACUCUGGACCGGUGGCGUGGCGAGGAACUAGAUCGCUUGAUGGAUAGUGGAGGAAAUAAGAGAAACAAGUCGUUGUGGAAUCCAAAGGGCGAGCCAUUUCCUUUCGACGGCGAUGACGACAGGACCGUAGUGGAAAAAUUCAUCAGAAACAAGUACGUUUUGGGCAAAUUUAGAUACAACGAGAUUAAGCCCGAAGACUACGCAGGCUCGGAGCCCUCUUCACGUUCCCGGUCGAGACCUAGUAGCGUGAGUCGUGGGUCAUUUAGCAGGCCUUCGUCUGCAAUGUCGGGUGGCCAGCUCCCCAGACUGACGCACCGUGUGGUUGACGACUACGAGAUUGGUAAAUACGCCCGACCCUUACGUCGCCUGCGCGAUUUAGGAUUUUCUGACACUGACAGUAGUGUCGAGGCGCUCGCGUUGGCGCACGGCGACAUCAACUUGGCACUGGAUAUUCUGACUGCAGAUUCCAAGGGAUCUCGCGAAAGUCUGUCAAGUUCAAAGCCACCUCUGCCUCGCAGACGUUCCGCGGCGGGUCCGCAGCCCGCUACGUUUGAUGGUACGGGCCAGGCCUCUGCCCCUGUUCAGUCUCAGGCCCAUCCCCAAGCUGCGGUUUUCGACGGAACGGUGCAACAGUAUAUAGAUCCUGCCACCGGUAUGAUAUAUGUUGACCAGCAGCAAUAUCUCAUGGCUGCACAGCAACAGCAACAACAAGCCCUACAGCAACAGCAGGCGCUGCAACAGCAGCAAACCUUCCAGCUACAACAGCAACAGGCCGCACAGCAACAGCAGGCGCUUCAGCAACAGAUGCUUUACCAGCAACAGGAACAGCAGCGCCAAGCUGAAAAGAGCUCCCUUAUGUCACUCUACAACCGUCCCGAUUUGUACACAAGUGCAGUGGAAAUUACUCCGGAGAAUCCGCAGUACAGCCAGAUCAUGCAAAUGCAACAGCAACAGCAACAGCAACAGCAACAGCAACUCCAACAGCAGCAACAGUUGCAACAACAAAACUUGGCCCUUCAGCAGCAGCAAGCACUGCAACAACAACAAACGCAGCAGCCCUUUCAGAGCUACUACUAUCCUAUGUAG